AUGAGGGUGAAGGAUGUUACUGUUCAUUUCAACAUGAUGCGGAAAAUUUUUCUCUUCUGCCUGUUUGCUGUUCAGUCUGUUUCUCUCGCGAUGAUAGUUCAGUCUCCUGCAGUCGUGAAGGUGUUUCGUGGUGAAAUGGUCUCACUGAUGUGUGAUUUAGUGGAGCUCCUGAUCAGCUGUGAUUCAAUCACCUGGUUUAAAGUGCACUCGAGAACCAGAGAGCUGAGCCUGGCCACUGCUGUUCACAAUGAUCCCAGAGCGAGCCCAUGUACAGGACUCAUCUAUAACACCAGCAUGGCUGAUUCAGGGCUUUACUACUGCGCUGCAAAACACAGCGUUCUCUCCUACUGGGGCAGCGGCUCCACUGUCAUCAUUACAGAGCGCCGUCCUCGUCCUAUCAUAACGCUCUACGUCCCGGCUGAGAGUGUUGGACCCUCCAUCCCUCUGCAGUGCAUGGUGAUGGGGGUCGUCCCAUCUGAAGUGAAUGUUUCCUGGGUCGUCGGUGAAUCAGAGAUGACCGGGUGGACGGAGUCGGGCUGGACACACACCAGCGACUCAGCUGUAGAAUACACACUCGCUCAUAUCAACAUUCCCUCAGAGAACUGGGCGGAGACUCCGAAUGUGGAUUGUGUGGUUGAGGUGGACGGCAGACGUGUCUCUAAAUCUCUUCAACAAGGUGAUUAUUAG